UCCAUAUGCUGUCAGUUUUCAUAACCUCACUUUUCCUUGAGGCUGAAGCUUCACUUCAGUGGAAAAAGAAAUUCAAUUUUUAAUCCAAAAUCUGAGAAAAAUUCAUCUCAUUUGUAGUUCCACAAUGUUCAAGAACAGUUUAAGCAACUCCCAAAGUGUAGAGACAAUUUUUUAUUAGUUUAAUUGUGGUUUUUUUCGGCAUAAAACCUUACGAGACUCCCGGCACCAUGAGUGAAUCUCUUCUACCUGAAAUAACGGAUAAGGGGCCCCCGGAGGAGACUUCAGGGAGUGUAGCCGUGAUUGAUGGGGCUCCUGUUGAAACAGAGAAACAAAGUACGACCGAGAAAACUGAUUUUGAUGAGGAUCUAGACUGGAACUUAAUUGACGCCGCAUUUGAAGACAAAGAUAGCGUCAGUCUGGAAAAAGACGCUCAAGACUCUUCCUCACAGAAAUCUCAGGAGCUCUUGGAAGAACUGUUGAAUGAGGAGAUUAUGGACUUGGAAAGCCAAACGCCUGAGGAAAAGAGUGAUGAUUUAGAAGAGAAAGAAGAUCUAAAAAUUGAGGAGGACCACGGCGAGGGCACCUCCAAAGGGAAUGAAGAUAUUCAGAUGGAAGAAAAAGUAGUUUCAGACCUAAGUUCUCCUUCAAAGAUUGAUCUACCAGAGGAUUUUGAUGUCUUGGAAGAAGAUUUAUCAGAAGAGAAAGAUAUUGAUAAAGAAGAUCCCGCGAAGAAAACUUUGGCUUCGGAAGGACAAGAAAGCCCAACAAACAUCAUCAAUGCAAAGGAUGAUGAAAUGUUAGACGCAGAAAAUUCUGUAAUAAAAGAAAACCUUAAGGAAAAGCAAGAUCAUAUUGAAGUAGAGUUCUCACGAGAGGAUGGGGAGGUAGUACUUCAAGACAUUUGUCCAAAGGACAAAGAUUCUGUUGACCAGCAGAAUAGCUCAAGAGAUCCUGAUUUAGGAACAGGAUCUCCAUCAGAUAAAGAAGAGGUUCAUCAAGAGGAAAAUCUGUCAGAAAAAGAAGAAGAUGAUAAAGAGACACAGAAGGAGAAAGAUUAUCAAAUAAUGGACUUAGAAAUUGACCAGGAACCAAUUAAAGACACUGAAAUGGAAAUGGAUGAAGUCGGGGAUGAAGAAUUCGCGGAAGAACUAAAAGAAUUAAUUGAGGAAGAAGAGAAAAUUGUCCAGACCACUUUAGAAAUCCCUGAAGAAUCUACAGAUUUUCCGAACGUACAAGAAAGCACUGAAUCCGCUCUGGACCAAGAAGAUGAAUUAAACAAUGAGGAAGGGAUUGAGGAGAAAAUUCCAGAAGAUGAAUUGAAAGAUUCAGAGGAAAAAAAUCCAGUCCAAAGUGUUGUGGAGGAAUCACAAGAAUCACAAAAAAGCAUAAUCGCAGACGACAAAGAUUUUUCUACAGAAAAUCAAAGUAACACAGAAAUCAUUGAAGAAUCGCAGGAGGCUGCCAAGGAAUUUAUCGAUGAAUCGCAGGAGGCUGUGAAAGAAAUAAAUGAACAAUCGCAGGAAGCGGUGAAGGAAAUAAAUGAAGAAUCGCAGGAAGCGGUGAAAGAAAUGAAUGAAGAAUCGCAGGAAGCUGUGAAAGAAAAUGCCUCAGAAGAAAAUAACGAAAAACUCGAAGAAGUAAAGACACCCACUGCAGAUAAAUCUCCAAAGAACGAUGAUGACGAUGUUGUGCUUAUUGAAGAGGAUGAGCCUACAGAAGGUGAAAAGUCAAAGGAGCCUCCUGCAGAAGAAAAAGCCCCUGAGACUUCCACGAAAUCCGAAAAGACUCCAGUUCAAGCUCAGGAAGAGGGCAAAGUUGAGGAAGAAGAUGAUGAUGUGAUUGAGAUUCCUGAGGAUGAACCUGCACAGGAAACAGAGGAAGUGCCCAAAGUGGCAGAAAAGAAGAUAAAAAGUCCUAAGGAACCCCCUUCAGAAACAAAACUCAGCAAAUCUGCAAGUGUCACUGAGGAAAAUAGCUCAGUGAGCAUGGAUCUGGAGUCAAAUGAUGUUCCCAGCGAAAAGACCGAUACCAUUGAGGAUGAUUCAACACCCAUGGACAUGGAAGUGGACGAAACGGCAAAUGCUGAGUGGCCAGUCGAUAAAUUCAAGACCCAGGAUUCCAUAGAAGAGAAACAGGAAAAGAGCAAACACUAUGAUUGCAUCAAUUUGGCAUGCAAAAGCCAAAAUGGUGAGGAGUUUGCUCCGGCUCAAGGAUUCAUUGUGAGCUUCUACAGCACCAAGAAGCGCAAGAAGACUCAGUAUGUCUGUCAGCCUUGCCACCAAGUGGCCAUGGAGAAGAUGAUGGAGUACUGCAAUGUCCUCACAAACCAUAAGCCUAUCUUCCAUCAUUUUCCGCAGCACACGGAAGUGGUAGAGAUUUCGGACAGCAGCGAAGACUCAUCGCCUGAGGAUGAAUUGGUGCAGACUAUGAGGAGGCCCCUCAGUGAGGCAGAAAGACAGCUGAUUGAGAAGAAUCUGGACGAAGUAAUUAUUUCAACGAUGGAAAAAGUGAAGAUCAAUCAACAGUUUGAGUGGACAAAGCAGGAUCUGGAGAAGAGGUUCAAUAAACUGGAAAACUCUCAUUCAACGCUGAAUGCUGAGUUUCAAAAGAUUCAGAAGAUUGCCGAUGGAAUGUUCAAAAACCUCAAUUCACGGGAGAAACGAACAACCCAGAAUGAGCCGCCUAUUCACAUCUAUACAGAAUUCCCAGCUCCAGAUGAUUAUGUUAGUGAAGUAAAUUACCGAAUGAUCAAAGAGAAAGGUUCAGCGACCUAUACUCCAGCUCCAGCUCCUGUUAGCCAGUCAUCUACGGGAAGGGAAUCAGUGGCUACUUCCCCUGCUACGUCACCUGGAGAAGUUAAAAUUGGUUCAGUGUUUUAUGGGAUGAGGACACAAUUGACUAAGCCUUGGAAUCAGUGUGAGGUGAUUGACAAGUUGCAGGCUAAUUUGGACACAGAAACGAGGUAUCAGGUGAAGUUCCUGCGACACAAUCAGGAGGGAAUACUCACGGGGAAGCAGUUGGCAUUCUCUGAGGCGCCAACGCAAAAACUUCCCGUGGGAACUCGUGUGUUGGCCAUGUUCAGUGCCACUCGUCGGAAUCUCUUCUAUCCGGGAAUUGUGGCUGAGCCAACACAGGAGACCAAUAGAUUUAGAUAUUUGGUAUUUUUUGACGAUGGAUAUGUCCAAUAUGUGCAUCCGUCAGAUGUCAGGAGGAUUUGUAGUGUGUCAGAAAAUGUAUGGGAAGAUGUUCAUCCAGGAUCGAGGGAUUUCAUCAAGAGCUACUUGCAGGAGAAUCAGUACCAGAGAGCAGUGGCUCAAGUGAAGAUUGGCCAGAAAAUCGAAGUGGAGCGCAAUGGGAAGUGGGUGUCUAUGAGGGUGGCCAAAGUGGAUUGUAGUUUGAUCCUGGUUUACUUUGCUGAAUACACCGAAUGGAUUUACAGUGGAUCUCAGCGUCUUUUGCCGAUAUAUCGGAUGAAGAUGGACUCACGGCUGUCAACGGGGAAGAAAUUACAGACGAGAAAUGAACCCUAUGUGAGUUUUAGGAAUGUCGUUGAUGAUUCCCAGCGUGAGACGGAGGAACAGAGUCAGGGAGAUGAUUCGAGGGUGUCAAAUAGAUCUGUGGCCAAGAAGAGUACGCAGACUACACAACCUCCACCACCCAGUCAACCGAAACAGCUCAUGAAUAAUUCCACCAUCUUUCUGGAAGAUGAUGAUAAUCAUCCAAAGGGAAAAGUCGUCUUCUAUACGGCUAAAUUCAAUAUGCCACCCAAAAGCUAUACACCACACAUGUGCAAUUCUGAAUGUCUCUAUCGCAUCUCCUAUGAUCUCAAUCUCUACAAUCCUCUGGCUAAGCCACUACUCUCGGGCUGGGAGAGGAAGAUCUAUCGGGUUAAGACUCGACGUUAUGUCAUCUACAAGGCUCCAUGUGGACGGAGUUUGAGGGGCAUUGAGGAGGUGCACAAAUAUUUAAGACUCACAGAUUGCAAUCUCAAUGUGGAUAACUACGAUUUUGACCCAUCUGUUCAUUGUCUUGCGGAGUAUGUCAUCGAUUCGGCCAUUGUACGCCAAAGUGACAUCUCCAAUAGUGUCGAGACCAUGCCAAUUGCAUGUGUCAAUUGCUAUGAUGAAACUGUGCCACCACCAUGUAUCUAUGCCAAUCACAGAAUCCCCACGGAAGGUGUUCAUCUCAAUCUCGAUCCAGAAUUCCUAGUGGGAUGCGAUUGCACUGAUGACUGCAUGGACAAGAGCAAAUGUUCAUGCUGGAACCUCACAGCAGCUGGAGUCAGAUGUUUGACGCCAAAUGUAGACAUCAAUACUAUUGGAUACACCUACAAAAAGUUGUAUGAUCCCGUUCCUACUGGAAUCUACGAGUGCAACUCAAGAUGCAAAUGCAAGAUGAAUUGCUUAAAUCGCGUGGUACAACAUCCAUUGUCUCUCAAACUUCAAGUCUUCAAGACGGCCAACAGAGGUUGGGGCUUGCGUUGCCUCAAUGACGUUCCCAAGGGGCAGUUUAUCUGUAUCUAUGCUGGGCACUUGUUGACUGAGCAGAAGGCCAAUGAAGGUGGCCAGAAUCACGGAGACGAAUACUUUGCUGAAUUGGAUUACAUUGAAGUGGCUGAAGGGAUUAAGGAGGGUUAUGAGCCAGAAGCAGCUGAGGAAGACUCUGCCUCUGAUCGAGAUGACGAUGAGUACAAUCCGCAAAAACGGCGUCGUGACAGUGAUUCAGAUGAUGACUAUUUCUCCCUCAAUACAAAUGUCGUGCAGAAAACCAUCAAGACUCGUUCUAGGACAAGGGGAUCAGAUUCAGGGGCAUCAAACCAGGGAAUGCCAACUUCGGUGGCUGAAGCUGUAAGGGCCAAAGAGAACAAUGGAAAUCAAAAUGAGGAUGUGAUUGCUAUAUCUGAUGAUGAAGAUGAACGAGUUCCACAGAGUUUUGUACCGAAUAUCUCGAUCGAGAAGGAGGACAUGCCGUCCAAAAAGACACGUGGAUUACGUCGAAUGUUCGGAAAGAAUGAAGAUGUCUACGUGAUGGAUGCCAAGAUUAUGGGAAAUGUUGGAAGAUAUUUUAAUCACUCUUGCUCACCGAAUCUCUUUGUGCAGAAUGUCUUUGUGGACACUCACGAUCUUCGCUUUCCUUGGGUGGCUUUCUUUGCGAUGUGUCAUAUCCGGGCAGGUACAGAGCUUACGUGGAAUUACAAUUAUGAUGUGGGAACUGUUCCAGGAAAGUUUCUCUUCUGCCAAUGCGGCUCCAAGAAUUGCCGAGGGAGGAUUCUUUAAUUUAAAUACCAUUCCUCCUAUUUUUGUCUCCUUCUUUUCAUCAAUCUAAAUAAAAAUAAUACUGUGUUUCUUGAAUUAA